AUGAUCGAAAUAGCAAUGCAGCGGCGGCGUCGUCCGCCCGCGAUCGCGUGCGUGCGUGCGUGCGUGCCCCGCCCCAAUCAGUCCAUCGCCCGUCGCCCGUCGGGCCUCGGCCGCGCCCCCUGUCGCGAAUCCCAGCGCCCCCCGAGCGAGCGCGGAGAUGCACAGCGCCGCCCGCCGUCCGUGCGCCCGUGCGCCUCCGAGCCCGAGUCCGAGCCCGAGUCCGAGCCCGAGCUCGAGUCCGAGUCCCGUCCACGCGUGAGCACGCAUGUGCUAUCCAUCAGCACCCCGGUGCGGCCAGGGCGAAGCCUGCGCUAUACAGCCAAACUCGAGCCGUCUCUUGCUACCGUCCGCCCGUCCGUUCGUGAGCACGCGAGCCGCCAUCUCGACAGCAGGGCUAGGGCCACACACCACGCGAUCUCGAGCCUCGACGACCGCGUGUCAUCGCGCCAACAACAGCGAUCACGCGUCCCGAUGCGCGUCCCCUCCCGUCGCGCGCGCCCCGCGGCACCGCAACCGCACCGCACCGCAACCGCCGCCCCUGCGGCCAGGAGUGCAGUCGACGACGCCGAUCGUGCGCCGCCCGCCCACGACGUCCGCAUCGCCGACCCCAUCCGACCCCAUAAACAGCAGCCAGAAAAGCGAGCUCGCAGCGCCGCGGGCACUCCUCACCGCGCUCGGCCCACCGCUGGCCGCCGUCCGCCGUUAUCGUCGCAUCACGGUGCCUGUGCGCCCUUUGCAAAUUCUGCAGGCGCAGAUGCAGACGCAGACGCGGGCGGCGGGUCGACUCGACUCGGCUCGCGGUUCGCUUCGACGGUCGCUCGCUGUAGUGGUGGGUGGUGGGUGGUGGGUGGUGGGUGGUGGGUGGUGGGUAUCGCGAGGCCCGCCGCGCGCGAGGAGCUGCGAGGAGGCGAUCGGGGCGCGCGGAUCGCGCGUCUGGCGCUAUUACCGCGUUUGGAGGGGACGGACGCACCUGCGCGCGCGGCGCGUCGUCGCGUAGCACCGUCCGCGCGCGCCCACAACGCGCGCGCUAGCAGCUAUCACCGCACGCACGCGCGCGCGCGCGCGCGAUGUACGGACGGAUCGCGCGCGUCCCGCCGAUCGUCCUCGCCGAAGCUGUGUUAUAUUAGCUUCCUGUGGUGGACGGUGGACGUGGGCGCGUCGACCAGCCGACCGACAGCGAGGAGUAUGUUUGGCGCAUUCGGAGCAGCCGCCCCCGCCGUCGCCGUCGCCGUCGCCACUGCGCUGAUCACGCGGCUCUUCCCCCCGCACGCGCCCGCGCCGCAGCGCCGUGCGGUGCGGUGCGGUGCGGUUCGGUGCGUCCGAGACGCUGAGGGGGCUAGAGAUCCAUCGCCGGAAAUCAGGCAACGGGCAGCGCGACAGAUUCCGAGGAUGGAGGAGAAUCUGGCGGUGAUCUCGUCGCGCGCGGGCGAGCGGGCCCUGCUUCGCGGCGGCUGUGUUGAUCGGGACUCGGGAGGCGGAGGCGUGACGGUAGACGCCCGCUUGUUGCGGGAACGGACGGACGGACGGACGGACGACGGACAGUGCGGAUGGUUGGUCCGGAGGGCGCGCGUGGCCGGCAGCGCGGAACGACGGGCGAUGGAGGGAGACCUACUGUUACACAGUAUGGAGAUGCAUCGCGCGUUGCCGUGCGCGACGCCGCGCUGCCGCGAGCUCGACUCGUCGAGCCCAUCAGGCGACGCGCAUCAGCACCACCGGCGUACUCGAACGACUAUCUUCUGCGUAGGGCGGAGACUAGGUACCACUAGCGCACGGGUGGCCGGUCACCUGCUGGGCGUGAUCGCGAUCAGCAGCAGCAGCGCAUCGGACUUGUGUGCACCCAGCCCGGAUCAGCGCAGCACAACUGCGUUCGGGCGAGGGGUCCAGGCGUCGAGAGUCGGUGGGGCUCGCACGAGGGCCCGUGCAGUUAGGCGCUCGCCGCUCGCCGCUCGGCAUGGAGCGCCCCUCUCGCGCGCACGUUCACCCGGGGUGCCGGUCGACGGGACGCACGCGGCGCGCGAUCUCGAUCCUGAUCCUGAUCCGAUCAGGGGCUCUCGCCGCGACCGCGAGCUGGUUCGAAUUGCCAAUCGCCCUCGCCAUGCCGCCGCCAUGCUGUGUCCCUCUUUUUUCCUCGGUCCCCCGUCGCUCGCCCCCGUCGUCGCGCGCGACGCACACGUGCGGCAUCAGCGCUUGCUCAUUCCUCCCACCGCCGCCGCAUGA